AUGAAAUUUAACAGGGUGUGGUCUUUUGGUUUGUGUACUUUUAUCCCCUUGUGCUUCACAGUUUGUGAGUUGAUUUCCCUGUUUUCCAAUGAAAAUAUUUCCACUGUUCUUUCAUUUUUCCUUUCACACAGAUUUCAAUUUUUGAUGGACUUCUUGGACUACCUCAGACUGUGGAAAGAAAGCACUGAGAACAGACCAGGAAAUUUCACCCAAAAUGCACGAGCCCGCAUGUUUCUUUCCUGGCAGACAUAUGAAGGCUUCAAACUAACACUUUUCUCAGCCAUUGAAGCUACCAAGUUCUUACUUCAAGAAGGAAUGGAGUAUGUGCUGACAGAGCGUUCCUGUCAAGACCCACUGGAGGAAUACUUUGGAAAGCAGCGUUAA